GGGUAUCUGGAGAGAAUGGACUAAUCUGAUAAGCAGACUAAAGCUGCUUGAGAACCAGGGGGAAGGGAUGUAGACUAGCUAGGGGACUAAUUGAUUCUAGUAAGCGUCCUUGUCAUUUUAUUUGCAGUAAAAAAGUCAACAUGAAAUGCGUUUCAAUUGUGCAAGGCCUUUUUGGACUUACUUCAAAAGAAAGGUCACAGCAACACCAAUGGAGGCUGAAGGUGGCAGACAUGUUUGAGUUGAGGUUUCUGAACUGGAUUCCAUGUUAGGAUGCAUGUGGAGUAAAAAUAAGUACGUGAAGCUGUCCCUGGUUGCCCCUGUACGGUUACGACAAUGCUACCACUGGAGGUGUGCUGCUGCCUGCUGGGCUGGAUUUCACUCUACUUUGUGUUCUGUUACCUGAAUGGCCAGCGGGACCAGGAAUGGAACUGCCGGCUGGUGACCCUAACACACGGGGUCAUCAUCGUGUGCCUUACUGCAUACAUUUGCUUUAUCGACGGUCCCUGGCCAUUAACACAUGCAGGUACGGAGAACACCCCGCUCCAGACCCAGGCCUUGGUUAUUAGUCUGGGCUACUUCCUAUUUGACUUUGGCUGGUGUAUCUGCGUGCGCACCGAGGGCCCCAUCAUGCUGGCCCACCACACCAUGAGCAUUCUGGGCAUCCUAUUGACCCUGGGGCUGGGUGUGUCCGCAGUGGAGACAUGUGCCGUGGUUUUCGGCAGCGAAAUCACCAACCCCUUGCUCCAGGCCCGUUGGUUCCUAAGGCAGACGGGCCGUUACGACAGCCUGUGGGGGGACGUGGUGGACUUGCUGUUUAUCCUACUCUUCGCAGUGGUGCGUGUCGGCGUGGGUGGUGUGAUGCUCUACACUGAGCUCACCUCCCCCCGACCCAGUAUCAUCAUCAAGGGAGGGGGCUUGGCCAUGUAUACCCUGGCCUGGGUGUUCAUGGUGGACAUUGCCAAGUUUGCCUGCAAGAAAAGCAGGACAAAGUAUAAAAGGUGGCGUGAGAGAUGUCAUGAAAGGUGCGCGUUGAGAAAGGCGAAUGGACACUCAGGGAAAUCAGAAUGAAGACUGGGGCGACAGAGGUGGAGGUAUUUCCUGAGACACUUUGGGUGACUCUGAGCUGCAGUCAUGAUAACGUGAUCCAGGGAUCAGCCUGCAGGGUGAAUGUGUGCAGUUGGCAUUUUCCCCUUGUUUACAUUUGAUUGUUCAGUAACCUUUCAGAACUAAGCCCUGAUUCAAGCUUAUGCCUACAAAUAAAACUAUAAAUUAAUAUGUUAACAACAUGGAGUUGAGAUAAUAGAGGGAGGAUUUUAUAUUCUUAUUAUUACUUUUAUUAUAUUAUUAUAAAUGUUGUACAUCUUAAAUAUAUUAAUAAGCUUUUCUACAUUUUAAAUUAUAGAAUACCGUGCUUCAAAAGGUAUGUGUAGCAGUUGCUUUUGACUACUUUGUAAUCUACAAUAACUUAAAUACACAGAAAGUUACUAUUUAAUUCCCUGUACCUCAUACCUUGAAUCAUUUUCUAGUAUUAUCCAUUUACUGUUAUCUAAUCCAAAAUGGUACUGCAAUACAUGAUAUGUCCUCUGUGUGACAGUGUAUUCAAAUACUAUGUUUCCACUAGCGUCAACACGGUGGGUGCAUCAAGUGUUCACCCCUGGAUACUGUUGUUUUCGUCUACAGAUAAUGUACAUUUGUUUUAUUAAACACAUUGAUGUCAGAA